AUGGAACCGGUCGUAAAAAACGGUGAAAGAAAAGACGUGAAAAUUAGAGUGCACAAUAAAGUGAAGCUGAGACGGUGUAAAGCAAACGCGAGGGAGAGAAACCGCAUGCACGGACUAAACGCCGCUUUAGACAGACUCCGAAACCGCAUUCCCAUUCAACAAACACACUCAGAUUUGAGUUCGGCGCCACAAAAACUCUCAAAAAUUGAAACUCUACGUCUGGCAAGGAACUACAUUGUAGCAAUGUCUCAAACGUUGCAAGAAGGCCGCCCUAUGGAAUUGACCAGGUUUAUUAAAAUUUUGAGUCGGGAUUUAAGCCAAACUACCGCCAAUUUACUAACCGGGAGUUUGAUGGGAAACGGCGGAAAACAUUUAAAUUAUCGGAGGGUGUUUAUGCCUGAAAAUAACACCACUUGUGGCUACCAAGACAGGUACAACAAUAAUUGUAAUUAUGGGAGUAAUUACACACAGCCUUACAUUGCCGGCAAUUACUACAAUUCCUAUUGGCCGGGCUACAGGUUUGAAUGCGAGACAAACAGCGAGGGAAGGAGUAAUUUUAGGUACUGGGAGAAUAAUCGUGGACAUAAUGACCACAGUGUGUACAAUAUUUACCAGUGA